AUGACAGAGGUCGGCCUGGACGCGGAGGAAAGCUUCGUCGAACGAACAGUGUCGGCAUACGACAACCCAGGAAUCCCAUAUGAGGUGGCAUCGACCAUUCCCGAUAAGCGGCGAUCAAAAUGGAGAGAGAUUAUCAUUGGCUUCAGUCCUUCGUGGUUUACAGCCUGCAUGGGGACAGGCAUCGUUGCUGUCCUCUUUUAUUUCAUCCCAUUUAAAGCCAGAUGGCUCCAUUAUCUAUCUAUAAUCCUCUUUAUACUUGACGCGAUCCUUUUCUGCAUCAUCUCUUCUAUCACCAUUUUGCGCUAUGCCCUUGAGCCAACGCUUUGGCGGGCUACCUUGACAGAUCCUGCGAUUGCCCCGUUCUUGGGUACUAUACCCAUCGCUUUUGUCAUACUAAUCGAACUUUGGGUAUUCAUAUGUGUCCCUCUUUGGGGUGAAUGGGCGAGUACACUUGCAUGGGUGUGCUGGAUAAUCGAUGCCAUUUUUGCGGUCAUUAUAACAACUUCGCUCUCAUUUCAGCUAAUGUCAAAGUCCCACUUGGACUCACUAAAGAUGGUCACGGCCGUACAGCUGCUUCCCAUAGCAUCUACUGUCAUCGCCUCUGGCGUUGGAGCCGAAGUUGCAGGAGUACUUCCAUCACAUGGAAGAGCCCAGGCUACACUUGUAGCAAGCUUUGUGCUAUGGGGGAUGGCAAUGCCAUUAUCUGGAAUCAUUCUCAUCAUCUAUUACCAGAGACUGGCUGUUCAUAAACUUCCAUCUCGUGAAGUCAUUGUCAGCUGUUUUCUACCACUCAGUCCGCUAGGCUUUGGCUCUUACAGUAUCAUGUACAUGGGCAAAGUAGCGCGAUCUUUACUAGCUGAUUCCGAACCAGCUAUAGCUAUAGCCGGGGAAGUUGCAUUCAUGUUCUGUAUGCUAAUCGGAUUAAUUAUUUGGAGCUUCGGUUUGACGUGGUUUGCUUUUGCACUUGCUUCCAUUUACCAUAGCUGGCCCUUCCCGUUCAACAUGGGCUGGUGGGGAUUUACAUUUCCGUUGGGCGUUUUUGCUGCAAGCACAAUUGAGCUUGGGCUUGGAAUGUCUUCAUUGUUCUUUCGUGUCUUGGGAACGGUAUUUUCCGUCAUCGUCAUCGUCCUCUGGAUUGUUGUCUCCCUAGGGACCUUGAGAGGGCUUUGGAAACGUUCUUUACUGGUUGCGCCUGUUAUUCCUGUUAUUCCGCGCGAUGAGCCUAUCCCAUCGGAUGGAUUCUCUUCUGACUUUUGGUGA